AGGAAACCCUAUACAAUUUUCCAGGAAGUCACCUUCUGCUGUCACUUUUUCACUGUUUUAGAGAAAAUAAAGCAUCAGAAUGUUGCUUGUGUUAGAUGAUGUCCACAAGCAACAUCUGCAGUACAUAACAGAAGUCAGCGUUGAUGUGUUGGCAGAGUUCUGUCGGAUGUCUGUUGAGUUUAUCAAGAAAGGUGCUAACCCCAAAGUUUACCAAGGUGCUGCGCAGAAACUAGGAGUAGAAGUGCACAUUGUUCAACAUGGUAUCCAGGGUCUAAUGCAUUUGUUGGAAGAGAGUUCUAGACUGUUGUUGAAUGACAUUGAUUUCCAAGAUUCCAUCAUGACGAUAGGAUUCAGUGAAGAGUUGAAGGAGGUGUUGUUCCAGUCUUAUCUCGAGUCCAGACAUGACAUCCGCAAGAUUCUGUGCGAGAUGUCCAUGGACUUACCUCACUAUAAGAACCUGGAGUGGAGGUUAGAUAUCCAGGUCGCAAGCCGUUCCCUCAGACACCAGACAAAUCCAAUCAUAUUGUUGAAGCUUCUGACUCAAGAUGGUGACACCGAGGAAUCUACAGUUCUCCAAACGGAUCCAGUUAACCUCAUUCAUAUGACUAAUGUGUUGGAGAAUGCUUUGCAGGAACUGAAAUCGGCACAUUGUCGCAGGAUCGUACGAAAUAUAAAGUAAUCAUUAAAUUCCAGGUGCCACCAGUUCCCAUUCCAGGAAGAUUUCUACAGUCAGAGUUAAAAAUCGGAUGGUACUCUUGGUCUUAGCCAUUGAUAUUGCAGUAUUCAGUCCUACAGUUAGUCAAACUUCAUGAAUACCGUAGAAGCUCAAUUUUUGGAGGCCUCUGUUAGGAGACAACCUCUGUGCCAGGGACACUACUUUUGGUCAGAAAUUGGUUGUUUCUAUUCAAUUUUACCUCUGUAAACUGGAAACCUCUCAAAGUUAUAGUAUUGUUGUCAUCAGCACUGUCAGCCUCACACAGAACCCAAGUGAUUUGAGGUAUCAUGCUUCUUCUACGAUGAUGUAUACUUCGUAAAAUAAUCGAGUAGAAUCAAAGAUUGUAUAUAUAGCUAUGUAAAUAGAAAACAAUAAGCACAAUUUAUACUGGA